AUGCCUUAUAAAAAGAACCCCCUCCCCUAUAUCCGCCGCUACAUCACCACCCACAAUACCGAGGGCGAAUCAGUAUUUCUUUCCCAUGCCCAAGUUCCGGACUACCUUCCGUCGACACCGACUGGGGACGAUGGCGAGAUUGCCCUGCUAUACGCUACGACCAGUAUGCCAGCCUCGGUUGACGCUGAGGCGGACGUCGCCAUGUACGACGAGUUCCUACAUCAACCCCCUGGGAUCACAGUCGAUAACGGAACCGUUUUCCGUCUGAUUGAUCUCCGUCCGGGAAAGGCGACGCCAAUGCAUCGGACCGUCAGCGUCGACUAUGGAGUGAUAAUUGAGGGGGAGGUUGAUCUCGUACUGGACUCGGGUGCGAGUCGACGUAUGGGUCGUGGCGAUGUAAGUGUGCAAAGGGGUACUGCACAUUCGUUCCGCAACCGAAGUAACACUGAAUGGUGUCGCAUGCUCUUUGUGUAUUUACCAAUGGAGAAGUUGAAAAUCCAAGGGAAAGAUCUAAACCCGGAGGUAUAUGAUGAGGGAUUUGACCAUUCAGACAAUGGGGAAGGCGACCAGGGGGAUUCAAAUGAAGCUAGGUAA